AUGGAAACAUGGAAAAAGUGNCAUCUCUCUCCAGUGGAGUUGGCCAUGAUUAUGGACCGUCUCUAUGGGGGGGUCUGCUACGCUGGCAUCGACACCGAUCCAGAGCUCAAGUACCCCAAAGGUGCGGGGCGCGUCGCAUUCUCCAAUCAGCAGAGUUACAUCGCUGCCAUCAGCGCCAGAUUUGUCCAGCUGCAACAUGGAGACAUUGACAAGCGGGUGGAGGUAAAGCCCUAUGUUCUGGACGACCAGCUGUGUGAUGAGUGCCAGGGUGCGCGUUGCGGUGGGAAGUUUGCCCCUUUCUUCUGCGCCAACGUGACCUGCCUGCAGUACUACUGUGAGUUCUGCUGGGCUAACAUCCACUCCCGCGCCGGCCGAGAAUUCCACAAGCCGCUGGUCAAAGAGGGGGCUGACCGCCCACGCCAAAUCCACUUCCGCUGGAACUGAAGAGGAACUCCACCACACGUCACCAUGGCGACGCGGUUACAAGGAACGGUCAAGGAAGAGAGACAUCGCCAGGCAGGAAAAAGUGCAUCGCUCUGCCUUUUACCCUAAGCUAUCAGUAUAGAGUACAUAACAGUAUACAGUAUAUAUAUCUUUUGUAGCAGCCAAACACUACAAGCCUCAGUUUUUCACCAAAACCCCCCUCACAUCUCAGGCUCUGACAACUUUUUUGUGGUACUUUAAUGUUUUUUAAGAGGAGAUUUAAAAGAGAUUGAUUUUUUGUAGGUUUUUCAAAUUAUUUUUAUAUGUGAGAUUUAACGUAGAUAUGAGAUUGUCUUUGCAUGGGGCAGCCUGUCUGUCUGUCUGUCUGUUUGUCUGCUGCUCGCCACCCCCUAGUGGGUGUAGCGUGUCCUUGUUUCUGGGAUAACCUUGAUUCUAUAAUCUGGACGCCUGCCCCAGGUCAUUUACCAAAGGUAGCAAAAUGAUAGGAAUCAUAAAAGGGAUACACUUCUGCAGCAAAACAAACUGUAAUAGUUCAUUGUUGCUAUGUUCUCUUUUUCCUUAUUGGGGAAGAGGUACAAAAUGAUAGGGUUAUUUCUGCUCUCAUUUUGACCUGAAAAAAUACAACUAUAAAUAUGAAUCUGGUUUGUAUUAACUCUAUUUAACAUUUUUAAUCACAAGCUAUAUUAGAAGCUUUGCUGCUAUACAUGAUAUAUGAAUAGAUGUAUAGGUGUUAUAUAUUAACAGCAUCUGUAAACCGUCAUCUUGAAAAUGAAAUGCAGUCUGCACUCAAACACUCAUGGCCCCCAUUGCCAUGGAAGAAUAGAAUUUGAAAAUUAAAAUGCAUGUUUGUGCAUGCAGGAUAGACUUAACCAACACAUGCAGGAUAGACUUAACCAACACAUGCAGGAUAGACUUAACCAACACAUGCAGGA